UCGCGUCGAGCAACGUUUCAGUCUGUCAGUCUAUUGGAACAGUUUGCCCCACUGCGCAUUUACAAAACUACGACUUCUUUUCGCUCUCUUCUUGUGAUUGAUGUAAUGCUAGCCUUCCUAUUUUGGAUCAGUAUUUUCACAACAGCUAUCAUAGCAACAGAUACUCGCAAAAUAUUGGAACUCACAGAGAGCAAUUUCGAUGUGAUCAUCGAGUCAAAUAAGCAUGUCCUUGUCGACUUCUACGCUCCAUGGAGUAUGGACUCGAAAUUGUUCUUUCAGCAGUACGAAUCAAUGUCAGACACCUAUUAUUAUUUGUAUGAUGUUAUCUAUGCGAAAAACUCGCAACACAACUAGAUGUUCGUGAAUAUCCGACACUUCUUCUUUUCCAACACGGAACUCCUCUUGAAUAUCGUGGAGCACGGUCAGUUAAUUCAAUUCACUUGUGGAUCAUGAAAAGUGCAUUUUUGAACCGAAAAUUGUUAGGACGGUUCGGAAAUUGAAUGAUAUGAUCGACAAAAAACGAGUUGUGACGUUGGCUUAUUUUGAGAAAACCGACUUCUAUCUUGCUCGAAUUUUCGAACUCAUGUAUGAACGUGAUAAUGACAUCUUCUAUGGCAUCACUGAUUCAUCAGAAGUUGCCGCGUCUGUAAAUCUUGAUGAGUAUGGUUUUGUUAUAAUCACAAAGAGUAAGGAAGGGAGAGAGAUGAGAUAUUUCUCUGAACAAGAUCUGGCACAGGACUACUCGGCCUUUAUAAGAUGGUACCACGAAUUCAAACUUCCGCUGGUGAUAACUUCCAGACAAAAUAUGAAAGACGCAGUUGAAACAAGACAAUUUAAUAUGGUUCAUGUGUUGUACAUCAAAAAGUCAGAUACUGAUUACAACUCGACAAUUUCCAAGUUUACCGAUACAGCAAGACGAUUCCAUGGUCGUUUCAAGAUUUUAUUUUUCAUACGUCAUUUGGAUGAAUCAAGGGAUAAUACAUAUAUUCCCAAACGUAUCCGUUUCUUGAUCAAUUAUUCACCUACUACUACACCAAGCAGCGUAAUUUAUAAAGAAAGAAACUCACACUAUGUCAUGUUCAAACUUAUUGGAAAUAGUAGCUUUGAGGAGUUCACCACUUCUGUAUUACGAGGAAAUGUGCCUAGAUAUUACCAAUCUCAGGAUCUUCCGAAGGAUUGGGAUGCGAAGCCAGUGAAGGUUUUAGUACAGUCAAACUUCCAUGAAGUGGUAUUCAACAAAACUAAUAAUGUACUUGUUUUCUUUAUUGAAACCUAUUAUUUUGAUGAGCCAGCUCUGGACGAGCUCGCAGAACAAUUUAAAUCUACGGUUGUAAUCGCUAGAAUGGAUACUGACAAAAAUGAGAUCCCCGGCAUGGAAAUCAAAGAAAAUCCAACCUGGAGGUUGUGGCCUGCAGUAACCAAAAUUCCUGUUGAUUUCAAGGACGCGUAUGGAUGGAAUGAUGAAAAACUGAGAGAUUUUCUUAAUAAGCAUAUCACACAUUGAACUUUUUAAAAAGUUUUUUGUUUCUUUUGGAAUAAUGAUUUUUGUGAAAUCCUUCUAACUUUUCUCGAAUCACCAGAAUUAUCAAGUUGUUUUUUGAACUUUACGAAAAAAAAAGUUGGUUUAAUUUUUAGAAUAUUCGAAGAAAAAUAACUAAUCGUUGCUCAAAAUGUGUGCUUACAUUUUCCCUUUUGUGUUAUGAUAAUCUUUCAUAUUUCUCGUUUUUUUUUCGGUAUUUAUGGAAUACGGGCUGUAAAAAGGUACCUCUGGUCAAAACUGACGUAACUUUAGAACCUGAUUAGAUUACAUACACAAACUAUUAUAUCUCAAAAAAAAAUCAUAUGAUUUUGUUGAAAAAAUACCAAAAACUUUUACAUAAAUUUUACUUUCAGAAAAUAUGUUUAAAAUUCUUGUAGCUAAUCAGGUUCUAAAGUUACGUCAGUUUUAACCAGAGGUACCUUUUUACAGCCCGUAUUCCAUAAUCUCAAAAACCAUCACAGUUAAGUAUACUUGUUAGUUAAUUUUCCGAAAGAACAUAGUAGAAAACCUUGCAAUUAAUAAAACCUGUGGAUAUAGUUUUUCUUUAGAAGUAUUAAAUUUUGCCAAGAUUUUUUGAUUUAAUACUAAAUUUCAUUGAUUUUUCUUUGAUUUUUCGAGUUAUCCAGCAUGAUUUAAGUACAAUUU